AGCGGCUUGCAGCUCGAACGAACCGAAAGGGGGACAAGUAAUUCGACCGGCGGGGUGAAGAAACCUUUACUUUGUUAUGGCGGCAGGUGCUCCCCCUUCGCCUCGGUUUGAGUCGGACAAGGAAGACGGUGAGGACUCCAAGACCCGCAAGCUGAUCUUUGAAGGACUCGACGCCGCGGCGAAAUGCGAGGGCGUCGACGUGGACAAGCGCAUGCUGGAAGGGCGUAAGGCCAACCGCGGCUUCACCAUCUCGGCUGGGACCAGCGCCGACCCGGACUUCAGCUCCCUUCGCAACUCCAAGCGUGCACAGACGCUGCCCGCGGACUGCUCGCGCCGCGGCGACUUCGAGAUGAGCGAGGACAGCAAGAAGCAGCUGGAAGAGAUGCAGAAGCACCUGCUGGCGCGGUACCGCCAUGGCUCGGUGAGCGUUGUCUUCGAUGUGGUGCCUCAGGAGGUGUUGGACGAGACAUUCAAGAACAAGGUGGUGGGCCACAGCCACGGAAUCAUCACGGAGGGCCAGCAGCACGGGGACGAACGCGAGCGCGUGAGCUACGGCACCAUCCCCUUGGACCCGCCUCCGCUGAUCGCCUGCCAGAAGGGCUGCAAGGGCUUCAAGGACACCUCGCCGAAUCAGGAUAACUUCAGCAUCACGCAUUUCAAGAGCGGGUACACCCUGAUCUGCACCUUCGAUGGCCAUGGGCCUUUCGGCCACAUUGUUUCAACACGUACAGUUCAAACAGUGCCGUGGUUCAUGGUCAACGAAAGCGGCUUCGGCAACGACACCAUCAACGAGGCUGACAUCGAGAAGGCCCUGAUCAACGCCUUCGAGAAGGCGCAGAAGGACGUGGUCGCCCACUCCCUGGAGAACGACUGGGACGUGCAGGCCAGCGGCAGCACAGCGGUGGCGGCGCUCUUCAAGGGCAACAAGGUGUGGACGGCCAACGCAGGAGACUCCCGCUGCGCCAUAGGCUCUGAGGCCGACAAGAAGGUCAUUUUUGAAACGGAGGAUCACAAGCCGCAAACUGAGAAGGAGCAAAGCUCGAAUCGAGUCCAUGGGAGGAGAAGUUCGCUCGCAGACGUACCCGGACGGAUGGGUGAACCACCGCAUCUUCAUCAAGGGCAAGGAGACUACCCCGGUCUCUGCAUGGCUCGCACGCUGGGCGACCAGUCGGUGAAGGACCACGGGGUUUGCGCAACCCCCGAGGUGGCACUCACAACGGUGGACCUCUCCAAGAAGGUGUUCUUCAUCAUCGCGAGCGAUGGCGUGUGGGAGUUCUUGGACUCUCAGUUCGUCGUGAAGGCUGUGGCCAAGAAGAUCCAAUCCGAUGGCCCCGCCAAGACCCUGGAGAAGCUGCAGCGCGAGGCCAAGAAGCGAUGGAAGGCGGAGGAAGGCGACUACUGCGACGACAUCACUUCUGUCCUGGUGCAGUUGCGCUGAGUCGCGUUGAAUCUGCACGUGAUCAAAAUAGAUCUUCGAGCUUCCUCCUCCUCCAUUUGAGGGGCGAGCACUAAUUCCGCCGUGUGGCGCAAUGCCGCGGCGUGCUUUUUGGGUCUGCAAACGGCAAGGCUGACACAAGUUUCACCAGGACUGCAUCGCGACAUGCUCGAAUCGAACGUUGUUC